GUCAAAAAAACAAAAACACAGUUAGUUUGUAAUCAAUUGCAGCAAAAUGGGAUCAAAGGGACUGGUUUUGGCAAAGUGUUCAUGGGUUUCAACAUUGCUAGCAUUUGUUCUUCUUUUUCUUCUUGUUCUACCUUCCAUGGUUAAAGCCCAAUUUCUUGAUUGUUCUAACCAAGGUAUGGUAGGCUUAGACCACCUUGAACCUUGCUUGAAUUACCAAGUUAAAAGCUCCAUGGAUGCUUGCUGCCAAGUUCUUAAUCAAAUGGUCAAGUCUGGAUAUCACUGUUUGUGCUUGCUAUUAUCUUCCACCACCACAAGCUCACUCUCAGCUGCCCCACUUUCAUUGCCAUUCGCUAAUUGUUACAUAUCUGUACCUCCUUUGAGGCAAUGUCCAGGCAACUCUAAUGUCCCAGCUCCAUUGGUUCUACCACCCAUCAUCGACGGCAGGGAGCCCACAAAUCCACCUUCUUCCAUGGCCACCAUCUUCGCACCGCUGCCGCCAUCUCCACUGAUAUCACUGCCACUGCCACUGCCACCACCACCACCGCUUGGCAUACAGACGUCGAUGAACUUGACUCAGGGUAGGAGCUUCACAAUAGUAGAAGAGCCACAUUCCAACAAGAACAGUCAAUUAAAUUUGACCAUGCCUGAUAACAUUGGCAGGAUUGUGAGGUCAUACUCGUGCAGUGGAGAGUGCAGGAAGGAAGCCAAGAUCUGGACCAACUUAUGGGUGGUAUUUGUUGUAGUAAUUCUUCUUCGGACAUCCAUUCUGUAAUAAUCAAGC